CGCGGUGAUUGGCGGAGACCCUGUGUGUGGCGCUGAGAGAGCGAGAGUGAGGCUGCAGCGGAGCGAGCUGCGAUAUAGGCACAGUCGGCGCCGGUCCACCCGCCUAGAGACUCUGGUACCCUCAACCUCGCAGAGAAAUCAGCAUGGAUAAAAACGAGCUGGUGCAGAAGGCCAAACUGGCUGAGCAGGCUGAGAGAUAUGAUGAUAUGGCAGCCUGCAUGAAAUCUGUGACUGAGCAAGGAGCAGAAUUAUCCAAUGAGGAGAGGAAUCUUCUCUCUGUCGCUUACAAAAAUGUUGUAGGAGCAAGAAGGUCAUCUUGGAGAGUUGUCUCAAGUAUUGAACAAAAGACGGAAGGUGCUGAGAAAAAGCAGCAAAUGGCUCGAGAAUACAGAGAGAAAAUUGAGACUGAACUAAGGGACAUCUGCAAUGAUGUGUUGUCUCUGUUGGAAAAGUUUUUGAUUCCUAAUGCUUCCCAAGCAGAAAGCAAAGUUUUCUAUUUGAAAAUGAAAGGGGACUACUACCGUUACUUGGCUGAGGUUGCUGCUGGUGAUGACAAGAAAGGGAUAGUGGAGCAGUCGCAACAAGCAUACCAGGAAGCUUUUGAAAUCAGCAAAAAAGAGAUGCAGCCAACACAUCCUAUCAGAUUAGGACUGGCUCUAAAUUUCUCUGUCUUCUAUUAUGAGAUCCUGAACUCACCGGAGAAAGCUUGUUCCCUUGCAAAGACUGCUUUUGAUGAAGCCAUUGCUGAACUUGAUACGUUAAGUGAAGAGUCAUACAAAGACAGCACACUAAUAAUGCAGUUACUGAGAGACAAUUUGACAUUGUGGACAUCAGAUACCCAAGGAGAUGAAGCUGAAGCAGGAGAAGGAGGGGAGAAUUAACCAGCCUUCCAAUUUUUGUCUGCCUCAUUCUAAAAUUUACACAGUAGACCAUUUGUCAUCCAUGCUGUCCCACAAAUAGUUUUUGUUUACGAUUUAUGACAGGUUUAUGUUACUUCUAUUUGGAUUUCUAUAUUUCCCAUGUGGUUUAUGUUUAAUAUUAGGGGAAUAGAGCCAGUUAACAUUUGGGGAACUUUUGUUUCAUCAAAGGUGGCCAAUAUAGGGAUGUGGAAUUUUUAUAAAAGUUUUACAUGUUUGGCAUAGUACUCUUGGUACUUUGUGGCUUCCCACAAAAGCCAAUGUUAAACAACUUCCUAUGUUGAGCAAUGAAAAACUGCUUGCAUAUUGGUCUCUCACAGUGGUUAAAAAAAGGGAUGAUGGUUGCAACCACAUAGGUGUAGUGAAUGUGGGUACUUCAAAGAAAAAUUAAUGUCCCAUGGAUAUUACAUGUCAAUCAUGUGAAUCUGUGGAAUCUACAAUCCAAGAAUACAUCUUUGAUUAAAGCUGAAAGAUGUUCCUUAACGUGGCUUGCUAACCAAAUGAACUUUCUCUAGAGAAGGGCAGAAACGGUUCACAUUCCAUUACUUGUAAAGUUACCUGCUGUUGCUUUCAUUAUUUUUGCUACACAAUUUAUUUGUAUUUAAAUGGUUUAGGCAACCUAAGAACAAAUGUACAAGUAAAGAUGCAGUAAAAAAUGAAAUGCUUGAUAUCCAUAAUUACACUGUAUAUCGAGCACAGCAGUAAAACAAACCCAUGUAUUUAACUUUUUUAGGGUUUUGCUUUUGUGAUUUUUUUUGAUACUUUGCCUAACAUGCAUGUGCUGUAAAAAUAGUUAACAGGGAAAUAACUUGAGAUGAUGGCUAGCUUUGUUUAAUGUCUCCUGAAAAUUUUCAUGAACAAUCUAAACAUAACUGUUAAGAACAUGUGUAUUAAGUUGAUGUAAGUGGAAUAAAAGUUUUAUGAAUGGA